AUGGCUAACAAAAGCAGACCUUCAAAAGUCACGGCUCCUUAUCGGAAAUAUGUAGCUGGUCAAGGUUUUACUACUGUCAGAGCUAGUAAGACAAAUAAAUUGGCCGGUGCAUCUACAAAUACAACUACUACAAAGUCUACCGUUCCUCCUGAAAUGGUGGAUGUCAUAUCUACACCUCAAGGUUAUUAUUAUUAUAACGAAGAAACUGAAUCCAUUGUACAUAUUAAACCUGUAAUUACGGAAGAAGAAAUGAUUAAAAUCCAAACAGAAAAAGAACAACUCUAUAAAGAUAUAGGACCUAUGAAAUUACCUUUUGAAAUCCAAAGCUUGAUUAUUAAGUAUUCCGCGAUUGAUUCACACAUUGAUGUUUCGUUUGCAUUAGUCUGUAAAACUUGGUAUCUAUUAGUUUUACCUUUGUUAUAUCAAACUCCAAGAUUAACUAGUCAAAAUUUCUCUAAAUUUAUAAACACAGUAUUAAAUACCUCUAAUAGUGCUGCUGCCAAGAAAAACAAUAAAUAUGCUUUGGUGAAACCACCAAAAUCUCCCUUCAAUUCUAUCAAAUUCGGUGAAUACGUUCAUGAAUUAGAUCUAUCUACAAUCCUGCAAAGUGGGAAAAAUUCAAACGUUUCUAAAUUAUUAAGACGUUGUUCACAUACUUUAGAAAAAUUCACUGCCCCACAGACAAGUUUUGGGAUCGCUCCAUUAAUCUCAUUAAAAGCUUGUCAUAAUUUAAAUUAUUUAGAUCUAGGUUUAGUUAGUGAAACUGUUAAAUUAAAAGAUUUAUUUGUGGCAAUUAAGAAUUUCCAAAAUCUAACUCAUUUAUCUUUCCCAAGAAGUUCUGUAGAUUGUGAAGGGUUUCAAAAGAUUAAAUGGCCAGAAAAUUUAAAAUAUAUUAAGUUGAGUGGUGGCAUUACAAAUGAAUUCGUUCAAGAAACUGAAUGGCCCCAAACAAUUAAGACAUUGGAAUUUUCUUAUUGUCCAAGAAUUAAUGAAAAUUCCAUUUAUAUCAUGUUAUCUAAAAUCGGUAACAAUUUAGAAAACUUAUAUUUCCAUUACCCAAUGCCAUCAUUAAAUGAUAAUUCACUUGAUAAUAUUUUCUUAUACUGUGAAAAUUUAAUUAAUAUUAAAAUUACAAUUGAUUAUUGUAGCAAGUGGAUCUUUAAUGAAAAUUAUUUGACAAAAUUGCAUUUAACAGAAAGAAAAUGUAAUAAAAGAAGACCUUUACAAACAAUCUAUUUGGAAAGUAGUGGCUCCUUAGGUAUCGCAACAAAGAUUCAUCCAGAUGAUUUUACAAUCGCUUUGAUGGAAGACAGAUUACCAUGUUUGAAAAACAUUAGUGUUUCUUCGAAAUUAGGUUGGGAUAUGAAUAGUGAAGACGUCGAAGAUUUAGUCAGUGUCAUGGAAGAUCAAGGUGGUAGCAUAUACGUAACCUAUUGA